AUGGCCUUGCUUGUGAUGGGGUUGAUCCACUAUUGGGUGCAUAGAUGGAGGAACCCUAAAUGCAAUGGAAGGCUACCUCCCGGUUCCAUGGGACUACCCAUCAUUGGGGAGACCCUCCAGUUCUUCAUCCAUAGUAACUCCAUUGACAUCCAUCCUUUCAUCAAGACCAGAGUCAAGAAAUAUGGCCGGAUUUUCAAAACGAGCUUGGCAGGUCGGCCUGUGGUGGUUUCUUCGGACCCCGAGUUUAACUACCACAUAUUGCAGCAGGAAGGAAAGUUGGUGGAGAUUUGGUAUUUGGACUCCUUUGCCAAGCUCAUAGAUGCGAGGGGCAUGGGAAGAGAUGGGGAACCAGCCUCAAUCACGUCAAUUGGUCACAUCCACAAGUGCAUGCGGAACAUGGUUCUGAGUCAAGUAGGCAACGAAGCUCUACGGGAAAGGAUCCUCCCUGACAUGGAAGAAACUUCUCGGAAAACACUGUUGGCCUGGUCCAAUCGAGACUCGUUGGAUAUAAAGAAAGAGAUAUCUUCGGUUUUGUUUAAUUUUACUACAAGGCAUCUGUAUGGUUUUGAGCCGGAGAAUGGUACGAAUGUCAGCGAGAGGUUCAGUUACAUCCUCCAAGGUUUAAUAUCGUUUCCACUAAACAUUCCUGGAACUGUUUUCCGCAAGUGCUUGAAGAAUCAAAAGAUGGGUCUAAAGCUAAUGAAGAAUCUCAUCGACGAAAGACGGACUAUGCCCGAGAAACGCAGAGGGGAUUUCAUAGAUCAUAUGCUCGAUAGGAUGAAGACAGAGAGUUUCUUGUCCGAUGACUUUGCCGUGUUUGCGAUGUUUGUGCUCCUCUUUGCAAGUUUCGAGGCAAUAUCAUCCACCUUAACCUUGGCCAUAAUGCUUCUAACUGAACAUCCUAUGGUUAUAAAAGAGCUAGAGAGGGAACAUGAGGAAAUACUUAGUAAAGGAGAGAAGAGGGAAGGCGGGGUGACUUGGAAGGAGUACAAGUCAAUGAGCUUCACAAUUCAGGUCAUAAACGAAUCACUGAGAAUGGCUAGCGUCUCACCGGGAAUCUUGAGGAGGGCAAUCAAAGAUAUCCAAGUGGAUGGAUACACAAUUCCUGAAGGGUGGACAAUCUUGGUCGUUCCAUCAGCUCUUCAGCUCAACCCUAACACGUACGAGGACCCACUUUCAUUCAACCCGUGGCGAUGGAAGGAUUUAGGACCAACUUUUGUGGCAAAAAAUUUCAUCGCCUUUGGAGGGGGCACAAGAAUGUGUGCCGGAGCCGAGUUCACUAAGGCAUUUAUGGCGGUUUUUCUUCACGUCUUAGUCUCGAAUUAUAGGUGGGAGAAAGUGAAGGGAGGGGAGAUUACAAGAUCUCCAAGUCUGGGGUUUGGAAAUGGAUUUCACAUUAAGAUACAUAACAAGAAUUAGACUCGCGAUAUAUGAUAAAGGGAAGGAGCAAGGACUGCAAUUCUAGAGUUUUCGGACUAUGCAUAUUUAAAUUGAUGUCU